AUGGCUCGAAUUAUCAGACUUCGAGCUGUGAGAUGGGCCGUGAUUGUGCUCGCCCUGGGAAUUUUUUACAAAGCCUAUUUGCACAACAUUAUCUUUCUCACAAUCGGCAUCGGCCGAGAGAUCCAACCAAUUGAAGAAUUCCCAUGGACCUGCACUCGCCUCCAGCACCCUCUCUUAGAAGGAUGUGAGGAUAUGUGGCUAGAUGAUCAAGGAAGGAAACUGUACGCAGCAUGCGGAAAUAUACAGUCCAGACAGGGAUGGAGUCCGGGUGGCAGAAAAUACAACAUCUCCGCAAGAUCUCGCACGGAUCAUAUCGCAGUGUUGAAUAUUGACCAACCCGGCCCGGACGGGCUGUAUGGCCUCCAUCAGCUGAAAAUCAGUGGCUACCUCGGCAAUCUGGAUCUACAUGGAUUUGACGUGCGCAGUGUUGACGGCAGACUUCGAUUCUGGUUGAUCAAUCAUAGACCCCCAAUCGAACCUACAACAGGGAAGUUCCUUGAUGCUUGGGCCGUUGGAGCGAAUUCCACAAUUGACAUAUUCGAUUUGAACGAUGCCUCAGAGACACUUGAGUAUGUCAAGACUAUAGCCAGUGACGCGAUCAUCUCGCCUAACAACUUGGCCGUUGACAAGGAUGGCUUGGGGAUCGUAAUUACCAACGACCACGACGCCAAGGUCAGCACUUUCGCGGCGUUAGGAAUGUUGAUUGGCGAAGGAAGCCUCACCUAUUGUCGAUCUGACACCGGAGAGUGCCAUGUCGCUGCCGACAAAGGCUUUUCUUUUGCCAAUGGCAUCGUCCAGGAGAACGGGCUCUACUAUGUGGCUCAUUCAGUGACUGGAGCCGUCACUGUUCACAAAUUGGUUGGCGAGCAGCUGAUUCAAGUUGACAAGAUUUAUACGGGAUACCCGAUCGAUAAUCUGUCCCUCGAUGCAGAUGGGAACCUCCUGGCUGCCGGAUUUCCUGAUUCCAUUGCGUUUAUGAAGUCUACAGAGGACCCAUACGGGUUUGUUGCUCCUGUUACCGUUCUUGCGGUCAAUGGAAUAGCCGCUCAGUUGAGAACUCAUAGCGGAAAGGAUUGUAUAGUCACGAAGCUCGUGGAGGACAGAGAUGCCACAUGGCUUCCUAGUUCGACUGUUGUGGUAAAAGAUGUGGAAUCGCACCGUUUGUUCCUCGGGGGAGUCUUGUCGCCAUUCAUCACUGUAUGUCAGCAGCGUAUUUAG